AUGGAGCUAAUCACUUUAUUGUAUCAGAUAUGGGGUGCCCAUCCUGAUAAAACAGAAUUUCCUUGUGUGAGGCAGAAGUACCCAAAGUGUACAAUCUUCGCUGCCAGUGACCAACACCCAAAAGGUUUUGUGAGUGUGGAAAACGCUUUCUCAUGGCCCACGGUGUUUUUAAGGCGACUGGCUGACAAGUUCGGCCAGUCAUGGGUUUGUGAACGUAUCAACUCAUGGAGUUGGAGUAUGAGCACGGCCUUUUCUGGAAUUGGGGCAGCUGAAAGUGCAGCGGCUUCUCUACAGUCUGCAGCAGCGGAAUUCCUCAGGGAGAACGGGCAUGCAAUCCCCAGUCUGGAAUGUCCAUUUGUGGCUCAUGACUUUGCGGUGGAAAUUGACAAAAGUGCCCAGAAGGUUCUGGGAAAUACUUACAAUUGUUGCUGCUUUGGAGACAUCUUGACCUUUGACGAUUGCCCGUCAAUGCAGCUGGCCAGGGACGUCAGCAUGGAAGCCAUUCUUGAGGCCCUGACGGCUUCCGUUGAAUUUGGAGCAGGUGGCUUCUUUUGGCAAGAUCUUCCGAAGGAUACCUUGACCCAAGCGCAGGAAAAAGUCCUCCAAGACUACAAGAGCUACAUGCCGAACCUGAAGUAUGUGGAUUUGCAGCAAUACCCCUCAAACAAUAGGGGGCGGGGUGAAACCAGCGAUGGGUGCCUCUGCACACUUACAACGAAUAGCUGCAAAAUUUUCUCCCAGGAGAAACACCGCUUCUUGACGGGCAACGAAAUGCUUGCAAGCCAGCUGAUCCCCACAACUGCCAAGCAGGCAGCAAUUUGUAGUGCUCCUGUGCUCCGGGUUGGUGAUUCUGGAUUGAACAAAGGCAAGGCAGCCGGAAACACCAUGAGCACUCCAUGUGUGGGUGCCAUUAUGCUGAUAGCAGCAAUGGCGCUAGAAUGGCGCUGA